GCAUGCCUGGACGCAUGCAGCGCAUGUCCGCGUUUUCGACCAGUUUGCCCAAAUGGCGAAAUUGCGCCAGUCUGUUGUAGUAUAAAGCGCCAGCUCCUCCGUACGGUACACAUAUAGUAGACACGCUGGUGCCUCGCGGUCGGCCAGCAUAGCCAGGAGUGGUUUACCGUCGUAUUUCGGGCUCAGAGCAUGAAGGUGCUAUGCGUUGCGGAAAAGCCCUCAAUAUCCAAAGGUGUUUCCAACCUUCUGUCCAACGAACGCUGCAAUGUGCGCAACACCGGAAACCAAUAUAUCAAGAACUAUUGCUUCGAGCAGACGAUGGGGGGACAGCGGUGUCAAGUCGUUAUGACCGCGGUCAUGGGGCAUAUCAAGGAAACACAGUUUCGUGACGAGGUGCAAUUCAAGAACUGGACCGCAACGCCGAUAAUGCACUUAUUCGAUGCCGAGACAACAAAGGUGGUCAAGAACGAGCAUAAGGAGGUUGCCAAUAACAUUCGCAAGGAAGCCCGAUACGCUCAAAUGCUUGUGAUAUGGACAGAUUGCGAUCUGGAGGGCGAAAACAUUGGUGCGGAGGUGAUGGAGAUUGCGCAAUCAGGGAACCCCCGGAUUCAGGUGAAACGAGCGCGGUUCUCUGUCAUUCAGGAGAGGGAGAUCUACCAGGCUUGGAACAACCUGGUGCCCCUCAACAUGAGGUUGUCCGCCGCAGUGGAUGCGAGAUCAGAACUGGACCUGCGCGUUGGAGCUGUCUUCAGCAGAUUUCAGACGCUCACGCUGAAAGCGGCCUUUGCUUCUCUGCGAGAGCAACGUGUCAUCAGUUAUGGCCCAUGUCAGGUGCCUACAUUGGCAUUCAUUGUAGAACGAUACAUGAAGUUCCAACGUUUCAUCCCGGAGGAUUUUUGGAAAAUCAAUCUGUCUAUCGCCAAGGAAGGGAGUGUGGCCAAAUUCGAGUGGACAAGAGACCGUCUUUUCGAUCAGCACCUCACACUGGUGCUAUACGAGCUAUGCAUGGACAAUCCGAUGGCAACCGUAGUAAACGUCUUGUCGCAGCCAAAAUCAAAAUGGGCUCCUUUACCGUUAACAACGGUGGAGAUGCAGAAAGCGGCUUCACGGUUUCUGCGCAUCAACUCGGACAGGGUUAUGUCGGUAAGCUCAAAGCUUUUGCACCCGAAAGCUAAGCUUGCCCUGAUAUUCUCGCAGCUCGCAGAGGGUCUCUACCAGCGUGGUAUACUCAGUUAUCCUCGUACCGAAACGGAUAUAUUUGCGGACAACUUUGAACUAGAGCCUCUUGUGCAAGCUCAAACGAACGAUCCCACGUGGGGGAACUAUGCACGAGGGCUUGUUGCUGGCAAAUUCGUUCGGCCGCGAAAGGGGCGAUCUGACGAUAAAGCCCAUCCUCCAAUCCACCCCGUAAAAGGGGCGGCGGAUCUGCAAGGAGAUGAAAAACGCUUGUAUGAGUUCAUUACGAGGCGAUUCCUGGCUUGCUGUUCGAAAGCAGCUACAGGCCAUGAGACCGUAGUCACGGUAGAUGUUGCAAACGAACGGUUCACGGCAAAAGGACUGAGCAUUCUGGAACGGAACUAUCUCGAGGUUUAUCCAUACGAUAAAUGGUCAGAUCAUACCAUUCCAAACUUUGUCCAAGGAGAGCGAAUCAUGCCCGCCGAGUUGAAGAUGACUGCCGGGAAAACUACAGCUCCCGAUCUACUGACUGAGGCUGACUUGAUCGGGCUGAUGGAGAAAAGUGGCAUUGGCACGGACGCUACUAUUCAUCAGCACAUCAAAACGGUACAAGAUCGAGAUUAUGCAAAUAAGGAGGGGCAAUAUUUCGUUCCGUCCAUUCUGGGCAUGGCCCUAAUAUGUACAUAUGAGGAGCUGUCAGUCGAUCUGUCCCUUCACAAGCCAUACUUGCGGAGUCUGAUGGAAUCGAACAUGAAACGGAUCUGCGACGGAACCCGGACAAAAGAUGAGGUUGUAGAGGAAACCAAGGAGAUGUAUCGAGAAGCAUAUAUGAAAACAAACUCGCAGAAACAGCUGCUCAUACAGGUUCGCUUGCUUGCAUUUGUGGACGUUAUUUGAGCGAUCCAGACCUUGCUCAGCCACGGCAACCGGUCAAUAAUGCUGCGGAUGAUGACUUCUACGACUUCCC